GCUAAUCAGGCUGCUGUGGAAGACUAAAAUAAAAGGCUUUCCAUGACUACAAGUAAGUUAGUGGCAGAUAUCCAGGUUGUUCAAUGCUCUGUGUGAAUGAUUGCCUGGCUUGUGGGGCAUUAUUUAGUGUGUUUUCCCAUGUAGCCCAUUUUGAUAAUAAUUUACGGGGCUGCUCUUUACUUAGAGAAGCACUCGCAACAGUGAGCGUGGACCACUUACUGACAGCAUUAGUUGAGAAGAGAGACCCUCACUGGAAUACAACAGUAUUCGGAUUUAAUUGAGCUUCUAAACAGAUUUCUUCAUCAUGGCCAAUCAGCCUCUACCACUGUCUCAGGAGACUUUAGCUCAGUUCAAUCGCUCCAUGGCCACAGAACCAGGUGCCUCAGGGCCUCCAAAGCGACGUCUGGGCUCUAUCUCCACUCUCCGAAGCUCCAAAGAUCAGCCCCACCACAGACCCCUUUUCCUCAGGGGCAUGACGGUUCCUUCUUCUGAGUUGUCGUUCUUGAGUGCCAACGUCAGCAAUUCUCACGUCUCCAUGGGCAAGCGGUUCUCAUUCGCAGGCUGGCACCAGGGAGGAAGAGUGAGCUUCUCUGGACUGUACCUCCAACAACCCAUCCAGGAGGUUUAUGUGGAGAACACCUAUAGAACGGGACCAGAACCAGGGUGCCAUUUCAGUGCUACCAGGACCAAGCAGAUCUUACAGGCCACUUUGGAUAGUUAUUUGGAAGGUGUGUGUUACAGUCCUGAUAGUUGUAGCCAGCUUUGUCUGAUGUUAGCAGAUCUAGUUCUCAGUGAGCUAAAAGAUGUCAGUCCACCACGAUAUAAACUUGUGUGCCAGGUGGUGGUCGGACAGAGUGGUAAACAAGGUAUAAGGGUGGCCAGCCAUAGCCUGAUGAACCUCAGUACUGACAACUACACAUCUGUUGUUUUCCAAAAUCACUCAUUGUUUGCUGUGGCUUUAGUACACGGUAUGUACUUUGAAUGAAGGCUAAAUCAACAAACAUAUUAUAUACCACAACAAUCACACACACACACACACAUAUAUAUAUAUAUAUAUAUAUAAUAUAUAUAUAUAUAUAAACAGUAAUAUAGCAAAAUAACAAAUUGUAAAGAAAGAUUUUUUUUUAAUAGACAGAAAGGGUCAGUACAAUUUUGUUUUUUUCUGAAUUGAUUUUCUCAUUGUAUAUCCAAGUUUUUCCAUUUUAAUACAUUUAAAAAUAAUAAUAAUUAAUGAUAUAAUGGCAAAGCUGAUUUUCUAGCAAACAUUACUUCAGAAUCAUGUAUUAUCUAAAUUUUAAUUUUAUAUACACUAAUUGUAUAUAAAGAAAAUUGUAUACAAGAAGAUAAGACAUAAGCAAUAACAUGUUUUAUUUUCUGCCUUUUAAAUUAUAUAUAUAUAUAUAUAUAUAUAUAUAUAUAUAUAGUAUGUGUGUGU